AUGGAGAAGAUGAGGAAAACACGCGCUGCUAUCCGCACAGCAUUUACACGUAAUCUGAGUUCAUUAUACAAGGAGUUGGAAAAAGAGAGACCAGAUUACGCAGAAUUACAAGCACGUCUCGCGAUUGUAAGAGAUAAGGCGAGUCAACUCGAAGAAAUGAACCAAAAGCUCUUCGAGGUUAUGGCAGACAGCGAGGCGGACGAGCAAGAGUUAGUACAAGAAACGGAUGUAGCGGAUGAAUAUCGGAUGAAAUACCAGCAGGCAAAGCUCGCAGUCAAUAAUAUAUUGGAAUCGACACAACCGGCAGCUCAUACAUCGGAUGGCGGGCAAGUAACACAAGUUUAUAGAGAUAAUACGCGUACGUAUAAAUUGCCCAAAAUACAACUGCCGCAAUUUGGCGGAGAGCUUAAAGAUUGGUUACAGUUCUGGAGUCUUUUCAAGCACAUCCAUGAAGAUACGAACAUAACCAAGGAGGACAAAUUCCAGUAUUUGAUCCAAGCGAUGGUUAAAGACUCUCGAGCAAGUAUGUUAGUAAACAGUUUCCCUCCGACAGCUACGAAUUACGACAAGGUUAUUUCGAGUUUAAAAGCACGUUAUGGAAGAGAAGAUUUAUUGGUGGAGGUCUAUAUACGAGAGAUGCUCAAGUUAGUAUUGAAUCAGUCAGCUAAAUCGAAUUCUACCUCUUUAUCUAAUAUAUAUGACAAACUCGAAACACAACUUAGAGCUUUAGAAUCACUAGGAGUUACUACGGACAUGUGCGCUGCAAUAUUGUAUCCGCUAGUAGAAUCAUCACUGCCAGAGGAUCUCUUACGCGUAUGGCAACGUGAUGCAAGAGCACUCAACGCUAUUACAUCUAAACAACGUUUGGAAGAAUUGAUGUCCUUUCUACAUACAGAGAUGAUGAGCGAAGAUAGAAUUGCGAUGGCAAUGAGUGGCUUUGGCAUAAGCAAAGAAGCAUCAAAUCAGGACAAGUAUAAGAAAAAGACAAAAACGGAGCCAAAAGAGAUCGCUACAGCUGCAGGAUUAAUUGCAACUAAAGAAAACAAGACACUUCGUUGCAUAUUUUGUGAACAAGAACACGACAGCACUUCAUGUAUCAAGGCUAAGAAGAUGUCAUAUGAAGAUAGAUCCAAGAUCGUUAAAGAGAAAAACGCUUGUUUUUAUUGCGUUAAAACAGGGCACAGUUGUAAAUAUUGCCGAUAUAGAGGAAAAUGCGAAUGGUGCGGCAAAAGGCAUGUGCUAAUUAUGUGUCGCGGUACAACUUCGAAUGCUCCUAUGGAAAACAAGCAAACAAAAGAAUCUGCCUGUACACAAGAACAAUCAACGCUCGCUAACAUUUCUUUUACAGGAGAAGUAUUUCUGCAGACACUUCGAGUCAAACUAGUACAUCAAGGCAAAGAACAGGUGGUUAGAGCUAUUAUUGACACCGGGUCACAUAGGUCAUAUAUUACUGACUAUUAUGCCGAAAAGAUGGAAUUCGAGAUCAUGGGCGAGCAACUUAUUGUACACAUGUUAUUCGGAGGUGCAAAAUCAAGUCCGUCGACACACAAAGGAUAUCGUGUUUACGUUAAAAGCUUGGAUGAAUCGUACUCUUGUGACUUUAUAGCAUUAAAUCAAAAAUCUAUAUGUGAAAAGGUACCUUCAGUUAGUAAAGGACCAUGGUUACAAGAGCUACAACAAGAUGGAAUCAAGAUUACCGAUAUUAACACAAGAAACGAGUCGAUCGGCAUACUGAUAGGCGCAGAUAUCGCUGGAAAACUUCUAACAGGAAGAAGAAAAGUGCUUAAGAGUGGAAUCAUAGCUUUCGAAACAUUACUCGGAUGGACGCUGAUGGGUAAAGUAGAUACACAAACGAAUCCUAAAGAAGACACGACACUUACAGUUGUAUCUAUGUUCACCGAGGUGGAAAAUGUUGCAGAUUUAUGGAAAUUGGAUACACUAGGUAUUACAGAUCCAAUUGUGAAGAAAUCGGAAGACGUCCGACAAACAGAGGUUAAAGAGAACUUCUGGCAAACCAUCAAAGUAAAUGAAGAGAGCCGUUAUGAAGUAUUGCUUCCUUGGAAAGAAGAUCAUUUGCCCUUAACGGAUAACAAGAAAUCAGCAGUGAGACGACUUGCAACUACUACUAAGAAACUUAAAACACUAGGCUUGUAUGACGCAUAUCAAGAAAUUUUUGAUGAUUGGCUUGAGGAAGGCAUUAUAGAAAAGGUACCGUAUAAAGAAGUAGAAAAAGAAUCCUAUUACCUACCUCAUAGAGGCGUCACUAAAGAAAAUAGCACUACAAAGUUAAGGCCCGUGUUUGAUGCAUCAGCUAGAGGAGAAAAUACGCUAUCACUUAAUCACUGUUUAGAAAAAGGUCCCAAUCUGAUUGAAUUAAUUCCGAAAAUUUUGUUGCGCUUCAGACGACGUGCAGUGGGACUGACGUCAGAUAUACGAAGAGCCUUCCUACAGAUAAGCAUUACGCCAAGUGACAGAGAUGUACUACGUUUUUUAUGGUGGAGUAAAAUUCUUUCGCAAGAGAUAGAGGUAUAUAGACAUCGGCGAGUAAUUUUCGGAGCCUCUUGCAGUCCUUUUCUUCUCGGAGGAACCAUCGAAUACCAUCUAGAAAGAGUAUCACAGAAGACAGAAAAUAAAAAGGAAAAGAAUUUCAUUUGUCAAUUGAAGAGAUCAUUCUAUGUAGACAACUGUGUGACCAGUGUUAAUUCAAGAAAUGAAGCUAUAGAAUUCGAGAUCACCGCAAGACGUAUCAUGGCAGAAGGCAAAUUUGAUUUACGAGGAUGGGAAUAUACGGGACAAGAGGAAAACCCCGAGUGGACUUCAGUGCUUGGCUUACUGUGGAACAAAAAACGAGAUACGCUGAAGUUGACACCUACAACGUUGGAGUCGCAAACAACGCAUCAAGUCACGAAGAGACAUAUUUUAGCAGCGGCUCAAAGAGUUUACGAUCCCAUAGGCGUUUCUGCCCCUAUAUCAUUAGAACCUAAACUUUUGUUGCAGAAACUCUGGUCAUGUAAAAUCGGCUGGGAUGACGAGGUUCCAGAAGAGGUAAAGACUGACUUCAAUAAUUGGUUACAACAACUCCAUUGGUUAAAAGAGCUCUGUAUACCACGAUGGGCAUUCGGUCCAGAGGGAGGCAAGAUAUCUUUUCACAUAUUUACAGACGCUAGUCAAGAAGCGUAUGCAGCUGCUGUCUUCGCACGGACGCAGACACUAGACAACGUGUAUGUACAGCUCAUACAAGCAAAAUCCCGAGUGACACCUACCAUAAAGAUAACCAUCCCACGUUUGGAACUACUUGCUGCCACCAUAGGAGCCAGACUCUGGAACUCAAUAAAGGAUACAGAAGAUUACGGAGACGCAGAAGUUUUAUAUUGGUCGGAUUCCACAACUGUUUUGGCAUGGAUACAGAAGAACAAACAGUGGAACACGUUUGUGGAAAAUAGAGUCAAGGAGAUACGUUUAAUAUCUAAUCCACAACAAUGGCGUCACGUACCCGGAUCUAUGAACCCCGCUGACUUGCCUUCAAGAGGUUGCAAGGCGAAGCAGUUAGUGGAAUCGCGAUGGUGGGAAGGCCCGGCGUGGCUCAAGUUACCAGAAGAACAAUGGCCCUCAUCAGACUACAACGAAAACGAAACAGAGAUCAAUAUGGAAACUAAGAAAUCAAACAGCAAUAACAGAAUAGAAAUUAAUGCAAGCAUAUCCACUAUACAGGAAGCCGGGUGGUAUAUGAAAAAUCAAUCCAAAUAUCUUAGAAUAGUGAGAACUACAGCUUGGGUUCGUCGGUUCUUGAUUAAUUGUCGAGCUCCGCAAACUUCAAAACUAACAGGAGAAUUAUCAGUAGAGGAAUUUACCAAGGCGGAACUGACAGUUUUUAGAUUAGUUCAAGAGGAAUCUUUCAACAAAGAAAAUGAGAAAUGGCUCAGCACACUAGAUAUAUACACGGAUGAGAACGGCUUGCUACGCCUAAGAUCGUCGAUAACAAAUCGCAUCGAUGAGUAUGACUUUCGACACCCCAUUCUAUUGGACCCUAAACAUGCUUUAGUUAAGAAACUAAUUGAGUAUAGACAUCAACAACUUAAGCAUGCUGGAACUCAAACCGUAAUGAGUAAUUUAAGAGAAACCUUUUGGAUACGUUCUUGUAGAAUGGCCGUACGAUCAGUGAUAAAUAGUUGUUGGACAUGCAAACGUCAUAGAGCCAAAAGGGCAGACGCCAUACCCGGGUGUCUACCUCAAGAACGUAUAAAGGAGGCUAAAGUGUUUGAGAUUACAGGUAUUGAUUAUAUAGGACCUUUGUUUAUAAGGAAGAAUCAAAAGGCGUGGAUCUGUCUAUUUACGUGUGCUGUAUAUAGAGCGGUUCACUUAGAACUCACCACAUCGCUUUCAACAGAAGCUUUUCUACAAGUUUUUCGAAGAUUUAUCGCACGAAGAGGAAAACCUUCCAUCAUCUAUACAGAUAAUGGUACCAACUUUGUAGGAACCCGUAAUUUACUAAAGAAGAUAGAUUGGGAGAAAAUUAAACAAUUUAGCAGUUGUCAAAAAAUAAGUUGGCGUCUCAAUCCUCCUACAGCAGCCUGGUGGGGAGGAUGGUGGGAACGUCUUGUUCGGAUAGUAAAAGACCUACUGAAACGGACAUUAAAAAAAGCCUGUCUAUACUACGAGGAAUUAAAUACUGUAUUAUGCGACGUGGAAGCUGUCAUUAAUUCACGUCCUUUGACGUACUUAGCAGAAGAUACAACACAGCUGAAACCGUUAACGCCAGCAAUGUUUUUACAGGAAGUAACUCAGAACAACGUUUCAGAUCUAGACAAGAUAGAAGUCAAUCUCAAUAGACGUAUGAGAUAUUGUCAGAGUUUACGUGAUGAAUUACGCAGACGUUUCCGUUCGGAAUAUCUAGGACAAUUAGCUGAAAGAAAGAUUAGAGGCCAUAACGUACCUUUGAAAGUUGGAGAUAUCGUCCUGAUAGGUUCAAAUAAUCGUAAACGACUAGAUUGGCCGUUAGCUCGUAUAACCGAGGUUUAUCCUGGCAAGGACAACAUCAUAAGAGUAGCAAAAGUGAAAACAACUACCGGGGAAUUGGUACGACCUAUCCAGCAUUUAUACCCGCUAGAGAUGGCAGAGGAAACGAAGGAAGAGAAUGUGGAAGAAAUAUGCCAGGACCCAGAAGAUAAACCGGAACCAGAUCCACAAACUUUCCACAACCCCGUCCGUACCAGAAGUGGACGGUGCGUGAAAACGCCUGAACGAUAUAGACAUUAG